UUUUUUUUUCUUUUCAUCGUCCUCACUCGUUUUAUUUUAUUUUAUUCAGGUAAAAUAAAAUAAAUUCAUAUAAUAUAAAUUUUUUUUUUCUAUUUCUUGUUUCUCAUCUUUAUUUUAUUUUAUUAUUUUAUUAUAUCGUUUUGAAUAAACCAAAGGGGCCGAUAUAAAUUUUAACAUCAUGGCAAAAAGGCUCAACGAAAUUCAACGGACAGCUACUUUUGCUUGGAGUCCAGGUCAACAAAUACCUCUUAUUGCUGCUGGUACUGUAGCUGGUGCUUUAGACGAUUCUUUUUCAAACGCGUCAGAACUUGAACUAUUCCGACUAGAUUUAACAAGUUCCAAAUCAGAUGGAAAUAUCUCACAUCAAGGUCUUUCUCCUGUGGCCAAAGUGAACUGUGCUUCUAGGUUCAAUACUUUAGCUUGGGGUUAUACAACUAUUGAGAAACCUCAUGGUCUUAUUGCGGGUGGUAUGGAAAAUGGUGAACUUGCAUUAUGGGAUCCUUCAGCUAUUCUUGAUAAUAAAGGUGAUGAAGCUUCCUUGGUAUUACGAAAUUCAACUCAUACUGGUACUAUUCGUGGUAUUGACUUUAAUGUAUUUCAAUCCAAUCUUUUGGCCACUGCUGGUAGUAACAGUGAGGUAUAUAUUUGGGAUCUUGCUAAACCAGAUAAGCCUUAUACACCUGGAUCGCGUUCUAUGAAUAUGGAUGAUAUUACAAGUGUUGGAUGGAAUGGUCAAGUAUCUCAUAUUCUAGCCACUUCAUCAACUUCUGGUCAUACUGUUGUUUGGGAUCUUCGAAACAGAAAGGAAGUCAUGACUUUGGCUUAUUCUGGUCAAAGCGGUGGUGGUAUCAGUGCUGGAAAUAGACGUGGAAUUACUACUCUUGCAUGGCAUCCCGAUGUGGCUACUCAACUUGUUACUGGUGCCGAAGAUGACAAUAAUCCUAUUAUUACAUUAUGGGAUCUUCGACAUGCUCAUUCUCCUGAAAAAACUUUAGCUGGUCAUCAAAAGGGUAUUCUCGGUGUAUCGUGGUGUAGACAAGAUUCUGAUUUAUUAUUAUCAUGUGGCAAGGAUAGUCGUACAUUGUGUUGGAAUCCUCAAUCUGGUGAACUCUUGGGUCAAGUGUCUCAAAAUACAAAUUGGACUUUCCAAGCUGAUUGGUGUCCUCGCAAUCCUGAUCUUUUUGCUUCUGCUUCAUUUGAUGGCCAGAUCAAUGUGUUCUCAAUUCAAGGCUCAGGUGAUAAUCAACCUAUUGAUAAUCAACCAAAAUCUCUUCAUGCUGAUGAUCCAUUCUCAGCUGCUAUGCUUUCAGCAGUUCCUCAAACUCCCUCGUUUGCUCUGAAACAUCCUCCCAAAUGGUUACGGCGACCAGUCGGUGCAUCCUUCAGUUUUGGUGGAAAAUUGGUUUGCUUCAACAACAAGGCUGGACAAGCAGCGGCAUUGGCAGCAUCAACUUUACCUCCAGGAACUACGCCAGCUCCACAAGCAGUAGCACGAAAUAUCACCAUUACUAACGUUAUAACAGAACCAGAAAUCGCCAAACAAGCAGAUGAAUUGGAAACUGCAAUGGAAUAUAAGAAUUUACAACAACUUAUUGAUGAACGUCAAGCUCAAUCUUCAAAGAAUCAAGAUGAACGGGAUAGUUGGCAAGUUUUACGUACACUGUAUGAUGAUGCAGCUCGUGAUCAAUUACUGGUGCAUUUGGGUUUUUCCAAGGACGACAUUAUUGCUGCUGUGAAUAAAUUGACAAUAGGAAAAACAACUACAAACAAUGUGGUCAGUCCUGUACCUACUUCUGAAGUUGAAACUUCCGGCGCAUUUGAAAAUAACAAGGAUGGUGUUUCUGAUCUCUUUAGUGGCGGUAAUGGCAACAACGACUUUUUCGGAAAUUCAACGGGACAGCAACCCUCAAAUGGAAUUUCACCUGCUACUCUCCUUCCAACUGUGAACAAACAACCUCUUGAAUUGUAUCCCUCCUCCAGCUCUGAUAUUGAUCGGUUAGUGACUCGUGCAGUUGUCCUUGGUGAUUUUGAAUCUGCUGUGAACGUGUGUCUUGCAACAGAAAGAUGGUCUGAUGCCUUAAUGUUUGCUAUUUGUGGUGGUGAUGAUUUAUUGUCUCGAACUCGUUUGGUAUAUUUCCAAAAACAAUCAUCUUCUUUACCUUAUCUUCGACUUUUGGAAAGUGUUGUCAAUCAUGAUUUGGAAUCUAUUGUCCGUUACUCUGAUUUGAAGGAAUGGGAUUCUGUGAUUGCUGUUUUGUGUACAUUCGCUGGAUCAGAAGACUUUGCUACUCUCAGUGAAAUUUUAGGUGCUCGUUUAGAAGACGCAUGGGCAAUCUCAAAGGAUAUCAAUAAGGGUCGUGAAUAUCGUCGUCAAGCCACUCUCUGUUACCUUGCUGCUGGAAACUUGGAAAAAGUGGCUGGUAUUUGGAUUGUAGAACAAGAAGAACAAGAACAAGGUGAAGAUGAAAAAUCACGUGGUGCCAGUUUGCAACACUUUGUAGAAAAGGUCACAGUAUUCCGUAAUGCUAUCGGUUUUGAAGAUACUCAUUUGAAUGAUGUUGGAGCGACACAUUAUCCAUUGGGACCCUUAUAUUCCAAGUACUGCCAAUACGCUGAAUUAUUGGCAACACAAGGCAAACUAUCAACAGCUCUCAAAUAUCUUAAUUUGACACCAGCCAACUAUCAAUCCUCUUCUUCUAUGUUACCUAUUAUUCGUGAUCGUGUGUAUCGAGCUUGUGGAUCUUUGAAUGGUGCUAAUCUCUAUCCUGAACCUGUGUUUCCUUUUGAAUUGACACCUUUGGUCUCUGAACGUGAUCUUGUUACCUCUGCUCCUGUAUCAGCUGUAGGCAGUCAAGUUCCUCAAUAUGGUGGAAUUACUAGCAAUACCAACUAUCAAUCAUCUUAUGCGCCUCCUCAACCUUCUAGCAUAACAGCAAAUCAACCACCUACUAGCUAUGCGCCUGUAACAAAUCCUCUUGGUGGACCCAAUGUAUACCAACCUCAACCUCAACAACCUACUGUACCAAGUCCAUAUGGUAAUGUUCAAACAAAUCAAUAUGGUAGCACCUACAAUCAACCGUCAACAGGAUAUAAUAACUAUGGAUAUGGCAGCUCUACUUACGGCAGUACUUAUGAAUCAAAUCAACAACCUAGUACUGCACCUCUUCCUCCCCCACCUAUGGCAGGACCACCUCGUCAAUCAUCCACUACUUCGUCUCCUAGUCGUACUGGUACACCUGUCAAUGUGAAGAAUACUACAGGUGCAUGGAAUGAUCCUCCUAUGCUUGCUAAUCCAAAUAUGACUAAAAGUCCUCGUACAUCUGCCUCUGUUGCUGGUCCCACCAAGCGGGUAACAUCUCCUUUCCCCAAUAUGCCAGCAUCAACUGCUUUUGUCCCAACUCCUCAACAAUCAUAUAUGCAAUCAGGUCCUCAAGGUAAUAUGGCAAUGGGUCCUCCUCAAGGUAUAGCUCCUCCUCCUCAAGCAUCAGCUCCACCUAGAGCACCACCACCACCAAUGAACGCUAUGGCACCAAUUCCUCAAGCAAAACAAUUUCCUCCUCCUCCUCCUCAGCAACAACAACAACAGCCACCUCAACAACAACAACAAGGUAUGUAUAAUCCAUCUGUACAGCAAGUUCGCCCUCCACCUAUGGGUGCGCCAGUGCCUUCUACAGCUCCAGGUCCUAUGAGAUCUCCUCAACCGCCUAUAGCCCAAGGUCCUUAUGUUCCACCUUCUGUCAACAAUUCAUUUGCACCUGGUCCUUUUUCUCAACAACAACAACAACCACAAUCUAAUCGACCUCCACCACCUCAACAACAACCUCUUCAACAACAACAACAACAGCAGCCAUAUCAACCAUAUCAACCUCAACAACAACAGCAAUCACUGCCACAACAACCACAACAACCAUUUGGUCAAGCUCCUCCACCUAGAUCAGUCCCACCUAGUGGUCCAGCGGUUCAACAAUCACCCUCUCCUGCACCUGCAAAACCUGCUGUUGUUGUGCCUGAAAAGAAACGCCAUCCCAAGGAUGAUCGAAGUCAUAUUUCAGCUCAACAGCGUCCAAUUUUUGAUAUUCUUUCUAAUGAAUUACAGCGACAGAGACAACAAUCUACUCCUGCUCAAAAGAAGAUGUUGGAUGACACAGAAAAAAGACUCAAUGCUUUAUUUGACAAUAUGAACAAUGACGAAUUAUCAGAUGAUGUUGCAGAAUCCAUGUUAAAGUUAGCACAAGCUAUACAAGGCCGUGAUUAUAGUGGUGCUCAUCGCUUACAAGUUGGACUGGUGACAACAAAAUAUGGUGAAUGCGGUGCUUGGUUAGUUGGCGUCAAAAGAUUGAUUGAUCAUGCACAACAAACUAUGUAGAAUGACGGAAUGCAAAUGAAACUUCAAUACAUACUACACAUACACACAUAAAACUAUACAGACACAACACACAAAACAGCCUAUAUGCACUCCUUUUGAUUUAAAAUAGUUCUCCUUGUUUUUUACUUUUUUUUUCUUUUAUUAUUAUUAUCAUCAUUAUUAUUAUUACCUAUUUUUUUUUUAUAUAUUUUGAACUUUUCCGCAAUAACAAUAAAACAAACUUGACUUGUGAAAC